AUGCCGAGGCCGGACAUGCGCCUCAUGAACCAGCAGUCCAAGGCUGGACUGUCAGUCGACCAGGACCGCCGUGGGAACAUGUGGUCCCUCGAGCCCGAGACCAGGUUCGCGGAGGACACCGACGAGAUGCUGCCUGCAGCCAUCUACUUCCCUGUCAUCAUUGCCCUGACCAUUGGCAGCAUCUUCUUCUUCGCAAAGUUGACCAACGAUGAUCCCCGCUUUGGAGGCUCCUUUGGUGACUUUUAUCAACAGACCACUCCACUACAUCAGAAGAUGGUUUUGUUCGUCUGGAAGAGUAAGGAAGCAGGCAUUCAAUCCCGGUAUCGUGGUGCGGAGAAGGGCCACAUGCCGGCACGGGUUCGGGGGCUUCUGCCCUGCGCGCUAGUGGUCGCGGCCUUCGGGCUGUUGGGCUCGACGGUGGCUCGAAGCUUUGUCUCUGCACCUGCGAGCAACAGGAAGACCAGGACGCUGCGCGCUCUGCCGCAGCCCGGCCAGCAAACCGAGGAGAAGAAGGAAGCAGAGGAUG